GUUUAGUAUCCUUUUGACCCUGGCUGGAGCAAUUAGUCGCUCGCUGAAAGUGAGUCAAGUUCUUGUGCUAAGAGCACCCUAGUGCGUGCUAACAGAGAGAGAGAGAGCGAGAGAGCGUGUGUGUGCUUGUUUGUUGUACGUUUCUUGUAGUAUCAGGUGUGUCAAACCCAAUCAAACUGGCUGGCCAUCGUUCUACGAUGGAGGUCAGCAAACGCUUUCUGUGGCUGGCUGCCUUCCAACUGUUUUGGUUCAUGUGUUUGGUGGAAUCGUACCCGGAUGGUGCCAAUCUUUACAAAGAUUGGCUGCGUGGAAGAAAUGAGGAAGAGGUCGAACGAAUGAUAGCCGAGGAUCAGUUUGAAGCUCCGAAGCUUUUCUUUUACAGAACUCCAAGUUCCUUUACCGAUCUCGGGAUGGGCGAACCAUUGGAGAAGAGGACGGUAAACAGGUACAAAAAUAUGAUGCUCACUAAGGAUAGCCUGGAUGUUCCGCUGAUCGAUGAUGUCGAACAAACGAAAGAAGCGACCCGGUUCUUCUUUCCACGCGUCAACCCCAAACGGUCGCCGGGUGCCAUCCUUAGCUGGGCCAUUCCUGCCGCAAAUCGAGUGCGUGUCAUCAGCACGAAUUAUCGCCCACCAGGCAUCAAUCGGCCUGCCGCUUAGAAUGGGCGCACAGGAACAUGCUAGAGCGCAAACGAUGAUUUCGCGUUGCACAUUCCGGUCGGAUUGGUUAGCCUGUUUUUGGUUCGCACCUACACUCCAUUCCGUUACCAAGCGCCCUAGCACGCAAACAAUGACACUUCAUCAAUUAUAAGCAUCGGCGCUGGCUUUUAGAAUGGCGGUUUGCAUAGUUGUUUUACCAUCUUGUCGUCUGUAACAUCAAUAUGGAUAAAUAAAAUCCUCGGGUUCUGCUAACAAA